CUGAGACCUUAAUUUUACAAAUUGGAUUCACAUAAGGAAAUUGAACAUAAAAUGCCCAUGAAUUGUAUCUUUAGAUUUAUUUUUAAUUUCAUAUAUGCAUCGUUGGUGUCAAAUGAAAGAUAAUAAAAAUUUAUAAAUUUUGAUAUAUUUUUCGUAAAAAUUGGAUAAAAAUAAAAAAGUAAUAAACAUUUUAGAAUAGAGUUUUUUAUAUAUUUUGGGUGUCAUAGUCCUACGUUCUUGAUUUGGCAGUUUGGCAGCGGUAACCACACACUUUCAGUAUUUUGAGAAAUAAUUUUUACCCGACCAUGAUUUAGUAAAUAUCUUUUUAUUUCGCAUUACUUUUGAAAAAUAAAAAUAAAAGAAUCACUCUUAUAAACAAAAUAAUUAACGAUUUUGCUAUCUAAGUAAACCCUCUUUUGCGAUUUGUAAUUCCGGACUACGGAGUACGGAGCACUCUUUAAUUUAACUAAUUGACAAUAAUCAGAAUCAGAAUAUAUAUUAAACUAUUGAUUAAUCCGAGAAGGAAUUAAAAUACUACUACGUCUAUCUAUUAAUUGAUAGAUUAUUACUCUAGAAGGAUUAUAAUGACGGUUACGUACGUGCACAUACCAAGUCCUAAUCCUACCCGGCCACAAUUAUUAACUCAUUAAUUAGGACUAGAAUACUUGAUUAAUGAAAUUAGCUAGUUUUCUCUCUAUAAAUACAAUACGAUGAUGUACGUUGCAUGCAUAAUCGUAUCUUCAGCUUAAGCACAACUGAUAUUAUAUAUAUAUAUCCCAAUCUUUCUUUAAUUAGCCUUAUCCAUGGCCGUAAACACUUUCUUUUCUUCAUCAUUCUUUUUCGUUAUAUUUAUCCUAUUCAUGACCAACGGCCUGUCUUUCCCGGUUCCGGCGAAUCAUUAUCAUCAAAUAAAUUUGCCGAACGGAAUCGUUGGCCCAGAGAGUAUUGCUUUUGAUUGUACCGGAAAAGGACCGUAUGUCGGUGUUUCCGAUGGGAGAAUCUUGAGAUGGGAAGAAUCUGUCGGAGACUGGACUGAAUUUGCGGUCAUGACACAUAAUAGGAAUAGACAAUUGUGUGAUGGAAUAACCGACGCUCGAAGGGAACCGCUUUGUGGUCGACCGCUUGGAUUAAAGUUUCAUCCAAAGACUUGUGAGUUAUACAUAACAGAUGCUUAUUUUGGGUUGAUGAAAGUGGGACCCAAUGGCGGGACUGCUACCCAACUUGCAAAUUCAGCUCAAGGACAUCACUUCAUGUUCCUUAAUGAUCUAGACAUCAAUCCUAUUAAUGGAGUUGUCUAUUUUACCGAUAGUAGCAUUCGCUAUCAACGAAGGGACUACUCAAUGAUAAUUUCCAGUGGAGAUAGUACAGGAAGGCUAUUAAGAUUUGACCCCAAUACCAAACAAGUGAGCGUGUUACACGAUGGCUUGGCAUUUCCAAACGGGGUUGUUUUGUCUAUGGACAACUCGUAUCUUCUUGUUGUUGAAUCACAGAAAAAUCAAAUCUUAAAAUUUCCGCUCUCUAAUAACAGAACAAGAACUCCAAGUGUUUUUGCAAGGGUUGACAGGUUUGCUGAUAACAUCAGAAGGAACAGUGAAGGAGAUUAUUGGGUUGCACUAAACACAGCAAGAGAAGGAUACACUGAACCAGUGGGUUUGAAGUUUGAUGAAAAUGGUAGAGUGAUUCAAAUAGUGAACGGUGAUAUUGGAAAUACUCUAGAGUUUGUCAGCCAUGUUGAAGAACACAAUGGAAGAAUGUGGUUUGGAUCUCCGAGACAACCAUAUGUUGGCACUACUAUGAGUUUAGAUUUUAUUAAGUAGUUAAAUAGGUAUUUGUUUUAAUUAAUUUAUCAUCUAAUUUCUUCCUAAUCGAUGACAAAUAUGCAUGUCAUGUGGAAUUUCUUGUUGGU